GAAAACAACAGUAACCAAGUUAUGUACGGGCCAUCGUCCAGACUGCCUGCUUUAAUUUCCGAAGUAUCGAGUUCUUGGACGCAAAUUCAAGGGGAAUUCGUCAUGGUCCACGCGGCGUAUCAGUCACACUUGGGCCAGGAUUAUUUCUUCGCACCCCGUGCCAAAUUGGCGGACGGUAUUAUUUGGCUGGUAAUAGUGAAAGCUGGAAUCACUCGAGCCAAUUUGCUGCAGGUAAAUAGUCCAAUUAGAAGCAAUACCACUGUGAUGUUUUAAUUUAUUGCUGGCUAAGCGAAAUGCUGGCUAAACGAUAAAAAAACUUUUAUCGUGUUAUUCUGAAUUUUAACAAUUGAAAUAAUUAUUGCAAGUGCUAAUGAUAAUAAAUUUAACU